CAGCUCCCGCCGCGCACCGUCUCCCUCCGCCCGAGCCCCUGCCGCCAAGUAGUGCGGGCGCGGCGCCCCCCGGCCGCGGCCCCCAGGGCGCAGCGCGGCGGCCCCGGCGGGGCGGGCGGGCGGACGGGGCGGGGCGGGGGCGGGCGGCGGGACCUACUUUCCUCUGGAAAUGGCCGCGCCGGGGAGCACCGUCCGCCCCGCGCCCCGAGGCCCGUCGGCGUAGGGCGGCCGCGGGGCCGCGGGCCCCCUCCGAGGGACGCCGAAGGCAGGAUGGACGAGCAGAAGCCGCCCGGCAGCGAGGAGAAGGAUGCGGAUGCGCCAGCCGAUCGGGCCGUGGCCUUGGAGGAGAUGGGCAGCGCGGAGGGGGACCCCCUGAAACUCCCCAAAGGAGCCUCCGCGGGGCCGGAGUUGGAGAGCAUGGACACAAAGGGACCCAGGUGAGGCUGCGUGGGCACGGGGGGGUGGCACGGAGCUGGCGGGGGUUGUCUCUGACCCCCCCGUCCGUCUCGCAGCACGCCGGCCCGCCGCUGCGCCCUCUGCAACUGUGGGGACUGGAGCCCGCACGGGCAGCAGGAGCUGCAGCGCUUCGAGCCGGCGCCGGACUGGCCCGAGCAGCUGGUGGGGCACAACCCCCCUGGGGGUCCUGGCCACCCCACCCUGGAGUUGGAGCCGGUGGGCGAUGACCUGGCGCAGAUCGGCUUCUCCGAGCAGGUGACUCCGGUGCAGCUCUUCUUCCCUGCAGGGCACUGCUGGGUCCACCGCUGGUGCGCAGCCUGGUCUGUGGGGCAGGAGGCGGCGGGGACGGCCGGCGUGGUCAGAGCUGUUUUCUCAGGGAUCUCACAGAAAUGUGAACACUGUCAGCGGCUGGGGGCCACCAUCCCGUGCCGGGCGGCCGGUUGCCCCCGGCUCUACCACUUCCCCUGCGCCGCUGCCAGCGGCUGCUUCCAGUCCAUGAAGACGCUGCGGCUGCUCUGUCCCCAGCACCUGGCCGAGGCCCUGCAGAUGGACGACGCCCGGUGCUCGGUGUGCGAUGGGCCGGGUGACCUGCGGGACCUGGUUUUCUGUACGGGCUGUGGGCAGCACUACCACGGGGGCUGCCUGGAUGUCGCCCUGACGCCUCGCAAGCGCUCGGGCUGGCAGUGCCCCGAGUGCAAAGUGUGCCAAACCUGCAGGCAGCCCGGCCAGGACUCCAUGAUGCUGGUGUGCGAGGCGUGCGACAAGGGCUACCACACCUUCUGCAUGGAGCCGGCCAUCGAGAGCCUCCCCACCGACUCCUGGAAGUGCAAGAACUGCCGGGUCUGUUCGGACUGUGGCCGGCGCCCGGCAGAGCUCGGCCCUGGCUGCCAGUGGUACCAGAGCUACUCGCUGUGCCAGGGCUGCCAGCAGCACCGCGGCGCCCAGAACGCUCGUGGGACACCGGCACACGCGCCACAGCCAGCCCCCCCCGCCCAGACGUUGACGUGCCCCAACUGCAGUGAACCGACGGACGUGCCCGUCCCCUCGCCAGAGCCCGUGGGGUGCAGCGAGAAGCCGCAGCCUGGGGGGGAUCCCAGGGAGGGACCCCUGGGCGCUGGGGGGUCUCCUCCUGGCAAACCGAGCCCUGCGGAGCUGCCCCCUGAUGAACUGCCCCUCGACAAGCCACUUCCUGAUGAGUUGCCCCCCGAUGUGCAGGCCCCUGAGGAACCCCCUCCUGUCGUGGAGCCCCCCGAGGAGCCCCCUCCUCUCAUGGAGCCCCCUCCUCUCGUGCAGCCCUCCGAGGAGCCCCCUUCUCUCAUGCAGCCCUCCGAGGAGCCCCCUCUUCUCAUGCUGUCCCAUGAUAAGCCACCCCCUGAUGAGCUGCCCCUUGAGAGACUGUCUCUUGAGAAGCCACCUCUUGAUGGAGCCCCCCUCGAGCAGCUGCCCCCCAACGAGCAACCCCUUGACGUACCUCCCCUCAACGAGCUGCCCCCCAAUAAGCAACUGCUCGAGAAGUUGCCCCCCGACGAGCUGCCGCUUGAUGAGCCACCCCUUGGCAAAUCGCCCCCCGACAAGUUGCCCCUUGGCAAAUCACCCCCUGACAAGUUGCCCCUUGACAAAUCGCCCCCCGACGAGCUGCCCCUUGACAAAUCGCCCCCCAGUGAGCUGCCCCUUGACAAAUCGCCCCCUGAUGAGCGGCCCCUCGAUAAGUCUCCCCGCGACGAGCCGCCUCCCAACGAGCUGCCCCUUGACGCGCUGCCCCCCGAUGAGCUGCAUACCACCAAGCGCCCCCUGGACGAGCUGCCCCUCGAGGAGCUUCCCCCUGCCGAGCUGUCCCCCGAAGAGCCGCUCCCCAGCGAGCCGCCCCCCGAGGAGGACCCCACGCCACCAGGUCUCGUCCCCGAGGUGGCUGUGGCAGAGGAAGCGCCAGCCCUGGCCCCAGCGGUGCUCCCCGAAGAGGAGAUGGAGCUGGAGCUGGAGCCCUUGCUGCCCCCCGAGACGGCACCGCCACCCCCAGCUCCCCCAGAUCUCCGCGCUGUCUCGCCCGUCCUCCCCCGAGACCCAUCACCUGACACCAAGGAGGACGAAGUGCCCGAGCUGCGCCCCCCAGCCCUGCCCGAGCCCCCCAGCAGCCCCAGCACCGCCAUGGACACUGAGCCCCCUGGUUCCCCACCGCCCCCCUUGGGCUCUCCUGUCUGCGCCCCGGCCCCCACCGAGCCCCUGGAGGAUGAGGAGAUGGAGAUGGCCGGGGGCGAGGGGGAGUCACCAGCCAGCCCCCCCGGAGCCGCCCCCCACGCCAGCCCAGCCCCAGAGCUGGGGCCCUUCCCGGGCCUGCCUGAGGAGGAGGAAGAGGAGGAGGAAGAGGCACCGAGGUUGGAGCGGGAGGGCACGAGCGGGAGCUCCCCACCGCUGAGCGAGGAGGAUGCGCUGGAAGAAGGUCGGGCUGGGGGGGACCCCGAAGCCAAGGGGUCCCCUUUGCUGCUGGAGCCAGAGGAGCUGGGCCCCGAGACCCCCAUGGAGGUUUGCGCUGCUGGGGAGAAGCUGCUGGGGCGUGGGGACGAGGCGGGUCCCGAGCCCCCCACCCUGCGUCCCCGGCCCGACAUCCUCAACGAGAUCUCCAAUCUGAGCCAGGGGGACACCAGCAGCAGUUUCCCUGGCUCGGAGCCGCUGCUGGGGUCCCCGGACCCCGAGGGUGGGGGGUCGCUGUCCCUCGAGCUGGGCCCAGCCUUGGCUGACGCCAGCCUGCAGAAGGAGGAUGCUGCGUCGCUGCCGCUGGGUGCCGAGACCGACGACUCGCUGCUCUUCGAGCCAGCCGCCAAAGGGGACGGGGACAAGAGCCGGCGGCGCAGCUCCCCGGGGCGUUCCCGUGUCAAGCAGGGUCGCAGCAGCAGCUUCCCGGGGAGGAGACGCCCCCGAGGUGGGUCCCAUGGGGGCCGGGGCCGGGGCCGUGCGCGCCUGAAGUCGACCACCUCGUCCGUUGACACCCUAGCACUUGCCGACGUGGAGAGCUCACCCAGCAAGGAGGAGGAUGAGGACGAUGACGACACGAUGCAGAACACGGUCGUUCUCUUCUCCAACACUGACAAGUUCGUGCUCAUGCAGGACAUGUGUGUGGUGUGCGGCAGCUUCGGGCGCGGGGCCGAGGGCCACCUCCUCGCCUGCUCCCAGUGCUCCCAGUGCUACCACCCCUACUGCGUCAACAGCAAGAUCACGAAGGUGAUGCUGCUAAAGGGCUGGCGCUGCGUGGAGUGCAUCGUGUGCGAGGUGUGCGGCAAAGCCUCCGACCCCUCCCGCCUCCUGCUCUGCGACGACUGUGAUAUCAGCUACCACACCUACUGCCUGGACCCCCCCUUGCAAACCGUCCCCAAGGGCGGCUGGAAGUGCAAAUGGUGCGUGUGCUGCGUGCAGUGCGGGGCGGCGUCCCCCGGCUUCCACUGCGAGUGGCAGAACAACUACACCCACUGCGCGCCCUGCGCCAGCCUGGUCGUCUGCCCCUUCUGCCGCCAAAAAUACGUGGAGGACGACCUGCUCAUCCAGUGCCGGCACUGCGAUCGGUGGCUGCAUGCGGCGUGCAACAGCCUCUUGACGGAGGAGGAGGUGGAGCAGGCUGCGGAUGAAGGCUUCGACUGCAGCGCCUGCCAGCCCUACGUGGUCAAACCGGCUGUGCCCACGCCUCCCCCGGAGAUCGCCGCCAUCAAGGCUAAAGAGCCGGAGCCCCAGUAUUUCCGCUUCGAGGGCGUGUGGCUGACGGAGACGGGCAUGGCCGUGCUGCGCAACCUCUCCCUCUCGCCCCUGCACAAGCGGCGGCAGCGCAAGGGCCGGCCGGGCGCCCUCAACGGGGACGGGGCGCUGGAGGGGGGUGACCCCCUGGGCCCCGAUGACAAGAAGGAUGGUGACCUAGACGCUGACGAGCUGCUCAAAGCUGAAGUGGGUGUUGAGCACAUGGAGUGCGAGAUCAAGCUGGAGGCUCCGGCCAGUCCCGACCGCGACAUUGGAGCCGAUGGGGACUCGGGGAAGGGGCUGGAGGACCCGGAGGAGAGCAAGAAGAGGAAGCGUAAACCCUACCGGCCCGGCAUUGGCGGCUUCAUGGUGCGGCAGCGCAAGUCCCACACCCGCCUGAAAAAGGUCUCGGUGGUGCUGGCUGAAGUGGGGCGCGAGGGGCUGAGCGCUGAGGGGCACCCCGAGGACGGGGCUCCGGGGGACCUCCCGGCUGAGGGCGGCCUGGAUCCCAGCUCAGCAGAAGGGGGGACGAGAAGAAGAAACCGGGGAAGGAAGAAGAGCAAGUUGGAGGACAUGUUCCCUCCCUACCUGCAGGAGGCGUUUUUUGGGAAGGCGCUGAUGGACCUGAGCCGGAAGGCGCUGCUGGCGGCGGGGGGCGGGGGGGACGGGGCCGCCCGCCCCUCCCUGGGCCAGGGCGCCCCCCGAGCCAAGGGGGACCCCAGCCUGGCCGGGGCGCUGCAGGGUGUCCCCCUCGACAGGAGGGAGACCCCCAUGCACCCCCGAGGGGACGACAGCACCGAUGGCAGCGCCGCCGCUCCCGAUGAUGACGGCAAGGACGACGCGAAGGCCGAGGACCUCGGGCCUGACGAGCCAAAGGAUUCCCCAGACCCCGGGGACACCGAGAAACCGGCCAGCCCGGGCGAGUGUGCGCUGAGCUCCGACCUCGACAAGAUCCCCACGGAAGAGCUGCCCAAGAUGGAGAGCAAAGACGUCCAGCAGCUGUUCAAGGACGUGCUGGGCUCGGCGGCGGGGGAGCAGCCCCUCAACUGCGUGGCUGCGGGGAUGGAGGCCGGCGGCGCAGGGCAGGACCCCGGCCGGGGGCAGCGGCCGUUCCUGCAGGGGGAUCUCCAGCUGCCGGGGCAGGGGAGCGUUUCCCUGGGCUCGCUCUCCGGAUCUGUCUCGCUGGACUCGUACUCGGGCAUCUGCCAGUCCCCGUUCCUGGACAGCAGGGAGCGGAGUGGCUUUUUCAGCCCAGACCACUGCGAGCCCGAGAGCCCCUGGGCCAGCAGCUCGGCCGCCACCACCCCCUCGACCCCCACGACGCCCACGACGGAGGGCGAGGGCGACGGGCUGUCCUACAACCAGCGCAGCCUGCAGCGCUGGGAGAAGGACGAGGAGCUGGGCGAGCUCUCCACCAUCUCCCCCGUCCUCUAUGCCAACAUGAACUUCCCCAACCUCAAGCAGGAUUAUCCAGACUGGUCGAGCCGCUGCAAACAGAUCAUGAAGCUCUGGAGGAAGGUCCCUGCCACAGACAAAGCCCCUUAUUUGCAAAAGGCCAAAGAUAACCGGGCGGCUCAUCGCAUCAACAAGGUGCAGAAGCAGGCCGAGAGCCAGAUCAACAAGCAGACCAAAGGGGAGGGACUGCGCAAGCCCGAGCGGCCCUCGCUGCACCUGCGGAUCCCGGUGCCGCCGGGGGCACAGCCCGUCUACAUCGGCAGCCCCCCCACCGACACCGAGGGCUUCCUGAAGCCACCGGGUGCCGGAGCGGGGCCGGAGUCGCCCAGCGAGCUCUUCCUCAAGCUCCCGCAGUCCCCCGCCCAAGUGCCUUCGCACGAUCCCUACGGCGCGGCGCCCGCCUACGCGCUGGAGCCCCGCUUCCCCUCGCCCCUGGGCCAGAGCCCCCACGGCGGGCGCUGCUUCCAGCCCUUCCCCGGCCAGCCAGCCGGCCCCCGCCCCGGCCCUGGCUCCCAGCCCCCCGAAUUCCACCCCACAUCCCCUGGCACCCCCCGGCACCAGCCCGGCACCCCUGACCCCUUCCUGAAGCCCCGUUGUCCCUCCUUGGACAACCUCUCGGUGCCGGGGAGCCCCGGGGCCCGACCCCCUGAGGCUUUGCUCUCUCCCCUGCCCUUUGGGGAGCAGAAGAAGGGCCUGGAGGUGAAGAAGGAGGAUGGGGGUAGCCUGGGGGUCUGCUCGCCCGGCUACGCCCCUGCCAUGGGCUACGGGGACUCCUCGGGCGGCCCCCACCUUUCGGCUGUGGAGCUGAAGGCGCCCGAUGUGUUCAAAGCCCCCCUGACCCCCCGGGUGUCCCAGGUGGAGCCGCAGAGCCCAGGGCUGGGGCACCGGCCCCUCGACCCCCACCCGCUGGCCCCCUCGCCCCCCGGCCACCCUGAGCUCUACCGCCAGUCGCCCUACCCGGACCCCUACUCGCAGCCCCCGCUGACGCCACGGCCGCAGCCGCCCCCCGAGUCCUGCUGCGCCCCCCCGCCCCGCUCCCUGCCCUCCGAGCCCUUUGCCCGCGUCCCCGCCAGCCCCCAGUCCCAGUCCAGCUCGCAGUCCCCCCUCACCCCCCGGCCGCUCUCCAACGAAGCCUUUUGCCAGUCACCUGUCACCCCCCGGUUCCAGUCCCCGGACCCCUAUUCGCAGCCGCCCUCCCGGCCCCAGUCCCGGGACCCCUUCACGCCGCUGCACAAACCCCCCCGGCCCCAGAUCCCGGAGCCAGGGUUCAAGUCAAUGCCGCUCUCACACAGCCCGGCAGCCGGCGGGGGCUUCGGGGGCACCUCGGGGGCUGAACCCCACGCCAAGGCAGCAGCGGGAGGGCAGCAGCCCCCCUUCUCCCGCUCCCCUGGCGCCAGCGUCUUCUCGGGGAACCAGCCCCCUAUGCGCUUCACCUUCCCCCCGGCCGUCUCGGAGCCGCUCAAGGGCUCCCCGUCCCACCAGCCCCACGGGAUCAACAGCCAUUACGGUCCCGGGAAGCCCCAGAGCUCGGCCUACAUCUCAUCCCCUGGCUUCCACCAGGCCGGCAGCCCGCUGGCUCCCGGCACCCGCGACACCUACAGCCUCUCGCCGCUGCGGCCACCCUCGGUCCUGCCGCAGCCCCCGGCUGCCCCGCAGCAGCCAGACGGCUCCGUCACCUUCCUGCCCCGAGCCGCGCUGGGGCCGGCGGCCGACAAGAGGGAGGAGGCGGCCGUGGGGCUCUCGGUGCCCCCGAACCGGGAGCUGGCGGAGCUGCCGGGAAGCCAGGACGGGGCUCUCGGCACUAUGAGCCAGUCGGAGCUGGAGAAGCAGCGGCAGCGCCAGCGGCUCCGCGAGCUGCUGAUCCGGCAGCAGAUGCAGCGCAACAGCCUGCGGCAGGAGAAGGAGAACGCGGCGGCGGCUGCCACCCCCUCGCCGGCGGGCUGGACCCCCGAGGCUGGCAGUGCAGCCUUCGAGCUCAGCCGGGCCAUGGCCCCGGGCUACCAACCGGCACAGGACAAGGGUCUCCUGGGGACACUGGCCACCGCGGCCAGUGCUGGGAAGCUGCCUGGCUCCGUCAUGGUGCAGGCAGCGUUCGGGCAGGACGAGCGGCUCUCCCGGCCCCCGCCGGCCCCCACGCCGACAGCACUGGACAUCAAUGGGAGGGCAGCGGUGGGACCCCCCCAGACCUUCUACCCCCGCGGGGGGGUCUUCCCAGCGCCAGCCCCGCAGCAGCAGCAGCAGCAGCAGCAGCACCUCUGGCAGCAGCAGCAGGCAGCAGCCGCAGCCCUGCGGCUCCCCGGCACCCCCCGCUUCGUGCCCCCGGCCGCCGCCACCCCCGUGGGCAACCUGGGGGCCCGCCUGCCGGCCCCCCCUGAAACACUGUCCGCCUCGCCCGCCACCCUAGGCGCCCCUUUCAUCGAGCUGCGCCACAACGUGCAGAAAGGACCCGGGGGUGUUGUGGGCUCCCCCUUCGCCCCCCAGGCGCCCCGGCCACGCUUCUUCCUGCCCGGGGAGGAGGGAACCCCCCAGGCCCUCUGCGCCCCUGUCGUGCCCAUGCAGGUGCUCCCCACGCCAGCGCUGCAGCCGCAGAAGAUCCCGUUGCCGCCGGCUUCGCCGCAGGGGGCUGAGAUGAGCAACACGCACCACCAGCCCCACGGCAAAGCGACCGCCCCCCCGCCGCUUCCAGCCCCCGGCCUGGAGCUGCCACGCGUCCCCCCACGGCCACUGUCCUCCGGCUCAGCCCUGCGCCCCGACGAGUGCAAGGACGGUCCCGCACCAGACCCCGCGCCGGCCCCCACCCCAGGGAAAAGCCACUUGAGCCUGGAGGGGACGCGUCUGCCCUGCGAGGUGCCAGUGGAGCCCGAUCUGGAUGAUGAUUUUGGCUCUCACAAGGAUCUGGAAGACGAUGAUGAUUUGGCCAACCUGAGCCUGGAUCCGGACGUGGCGAAAGGGGACGAUGACCUGGACAACCUGGACAGCCUGGAGACAGCAGAUCCCCACCUCGACGACCUGCUGAACGGCGACGAGUUCGACCUGUUGGCGUACACCGACCCCGAGCUGGACACUGGGGACAAGAAGGACAUUUUCAACGAGCACCUUCGCCUGGUCGAGUCGGCCAACGAGAAAGCCGAGCGCGAAGCCCAGCUCAAAACGGAGCCGCUGGCGCCCGGCUUGAAGCUCCCCAGCCCCGGGGACGGCAAAGAUGCCAUGGCCCCAUCCGUGGAGGACCGGGUGGUGCCCAAGGACACGCUGGUGCCCAGGGUGGGCUUGGGACCCUCUCCCUGCCCACCGGGUGCCGUUCUGGCGCCCGGCGCGGAGGCGAAGGCCGGCUCGCUGCCCACCGACGUCAAGCCCAAGCUGGAGGACGGCUGCCUCAAAACCUCCCCCUGCCAGUUCACCGCCGGCGGCCCCGAGCAGCUCCCAGGCCCCGUCAAGUCGGAGGCUUUGCAGGGCACGGAUAAGAUCUCGGCCUCGCUGGGGUUGAGCCUCAAACCCGGCCAGACCCUCCUGAGCCCCGGGGCCGGCCCGGCUCGCCUUGGCUUGGCGCAUUUCGCUCCCGGCAGCCACGCUGGUGUCCCCACGCCGGAGAAGGACCCGUACGCCGGCCGCGGGCUGGCCCCUGCCCAGCUGGGCAACCAGGGCAACCCCUUGUUGGAGAAGUUUGAGCUGGACGGGGGAUCCCUGGGCCUGGGCAGCGCCCGGCACUCGCCAGCCGACGACCUGGACAAGAUGGAGAGUUCGCUGGUGGCCAGCGAGCUGCCGCUGCUCAUCGAGGACCUGCUGGAGCACGAGAAGAAGGAGCUGCAGAAGAAACAGCAGAUGUCAGCCCAGCUGCCCCGCAGCACCCCCCACCUCCCCGGGCACCCACUGCUGCCCCCCGAGGGGCAACCGCCCCGCCUGGGCACCCCACAGCCCCCCCUGCAGCUGGGGCUGGUGGCCAGGCCGCCGCUGAUGCCGCCGCAGCCGCCGCGGCUCGGCGCAGCCCAGCAGGGCCCGGCGCUCACCCCCCACAUGGGCAUGGCCCCUGCGCAGCCCCACGUGCUGGCGGCGUCCCCCGGCGUGCAGGUGGCCCUGGCGCAGCCGCAGCAGAGCCAGCAGCAGGUGCUGGUGCAGAAGCCGAUGGCCGGGGUGCAGCCCCCCGGCCUGGGCCUGAAGCCCCCCCAGCUCGUCAUGCAGCAGCAGUUGGCCAACAGCUUCUUUCCAGACACAGAUCUGGACAAGUUUGCGGCUGAGGACAUCAUGGACCCCAUUGCCAAGGCCAAGAUGGUGGCGCUGAAGGGCAUCAAGAAGGUGAUGGCCCAGGGCAGCAUCGGGGUGGCCCCGGGCAUGAACAGGCAACAGGUUUCACUGCUGGCCCAGCGGCUCUCGGGCGGCCCGGCCGUGUCCGAGAUGCAGAACCACUUGCUGGCAGGGAGCGGGCAGGAACGGAGCAGCACCGACCCGACCCAGGCUCGCCCCAACCCCCCCACCUUUGCGCAGGGCGUCAUCAACGAGGCCGACCAGCGGCAGUACGAGGAGUGGCUGUUCCACACGCAGCAGCUCCUGCAGAUGCAGCUGAAGUUGCUGGAGGAGCAGAUCGGGGCGCACCGCAAGUCACGCAAGGCUCUCUGCGCCAAGCAGCGCACCGCCAAGAAAGCCGGCCGGGAGUUCCCUGAGGCCGACGCCGAGAAGCUGAAGCUGGUGACGGAGCAGCAGAGCAAAAUUCAGAAGCAGCUGGACCAGGUGCGGAAGCAGCAGAAGGAACACACCAACCUCAUGGCCGAGUACCGCAACAAACAGCAGCAGCACCAGCACCAGGCCUCGGCCGUCAUGGCCCUCAGCCCCUCGCAGAGCCCCCGCCUCAUGUCCAAGCUCCCCGGGCAGCUGCUCUCAGCUCACGGCGUCCAGCAGCCCACGGGGACCGUGGUGGGGGCGCAAGGCCUGGGCCAGCAGCCGGGACAGCCCGGGGGGCUGCGCCUGCCGCAGGGCGGCGUGUCCAUGGCCGUGCCGCAGAGCCUGCCCUUCAUGGGCCAGCAAGGCGUGGGCAACGCGCCGGUGCCCGGCACCUCCACCGCCUUCUUCAGCGGGAACCCCACGCUGCGUGGGCUGGCUGCCGACAGCCGCCUGCUGCAGGAGAGGCAGCUCCAGAGGAUGCAGCUGGCGCAGAAGCUGCAGCAGCAGAACAUGCUGGGCCAGGUGUCGCUGCAGCAGCAGGCGGGCAUGAUGGGUCAGACGGCCAUGCAGCAGCAGGGUGUGAUGGGACAAGCGUCGCUGCAGCAGCCCAGUGUGAUGGCACAGACAUCCAUGCAGCAACCAGGUGCGAUGGGCCAAGCGUCGAUGCAGCAGCAGAGCGUCAUGGGUCAGGCAGCGAUGCAGCCGCAGGGCAUGAUGGCGCAGACAUCGCUGCAACAGCCGGGUGUCAUGGGACAAGCUGCAAUGCCACAGCUGGGCAUGAUGGCACAGACGACAUCGCUGCAGCAGCAGGGUGUGAUGGGACAAGCGGCCAUGCAGCAGCCAGGCAUCAUGGGACAAGCCUCAAUGCCGCAGCCCGGCGUCAUGGCGCAGCCGGCGCUGUCGCAGCCCGGUGUCAUGGGCCAGGGCUCGCUGCAGCCCGGAUUGCUGGGCCAGCAGCAGGCAGCAGCGGCUCCGCAGCCCGGCGCUGUGGGGCAGCCCCUGGUGCCGAAGCAGCCGGGGCUCUUAGGCAGCCAGCAGAGCCUCCUGGUCCAGCAGCUCUCGCCGCAGCAGCAGCCGGGGCUGCUGGGCCACACGCCGGCACCGGGGCUGCAGCACCAGGCGGUGCUGGGCCACCCCCCGCCCCAGCGGCAGCUGCUCCUGGGCCCCCACCAGCAGCGGGUGCUGGGCUCGCCGCAGCUGCCCCCGCAGACUCCAGGGAUGUUGGGCCACCGGCUCGUGUUGUCCCAGCAGCUGGGGCAGUCGCGGGCGCUGCUGGCCCCGCAGCAGCAGCAGAACUCGGCGGUUGCCCAGCCCGGGCUCCUGGGGGUGGGCCAGGGGCAGCCGCCCAUCCAGCACUUUCCGCAGCAUGGGGGGGUGGGCCAGGCCCCCCCCUCUGCACUGCACCUGAGUCAGGGACUGCAGCCGGCCCCGGCCGUCCUGCCUGCCAAGGAUCAGCCCGCAGGGGCGGAUGGCAGCGCCCUGCCCGCCGAGGGCAGCGAGAGUGGGGGGCAGCUGCACGGGGGCCCCCAGGAGCAGCCGGGAGCCCUCAACCCCCCAGGGCUGGGCAGCCCGGAGCCCCCGGCCCCCCAGCUCCUCCUGGCGUCCCCACAGCCGGCAUUGCGGGCGGCCCCGGUGCAGCCAGGCCCCCUGCUUGCCCCCCCGCUGCAGAGCCCUGGUGCCCCCCAACCCGAGCUGUCCCAGCAGCAAGGGGACGCUGCCGGGCUGGCGGAGCCACCGCUGGGCUGCGGGACGGGCCAGGCACCGGGCAUGGCGCUGCCACCGGCACCACGGCCACCGGAGCAGGUGGGCAAGGGGCCAUCAGGCUUGCUGCAGGGCCAGCCGCAGCCCCCCCGGCUGCAGAGCCCCGGGCAGCACAAAGCGGGGCCGGCGGCGCUCCCCACCGGCGUCCUGGGGCAGGUGCCGGGGCAGGUGAUGGGCCAGAUCCGGGCGCAGCUCCAGGGCGUCCUGGCCAAGAACCCGCAGCUGCGGCACCUGACGCCACAGCAGCAGCAGCAGCUCCAGGCGCUCCUGGUGCAGCGGCACCAGCAGAACCUGCUGCAGCAGAGCCCGGCGCUGCUGCCCCCCAGCCCCUUCCCCGGGCAGGCCCCGGAGCACAGCGCCCCCGCCGCCCGCCAGCCCCCCCAUCAGCUGGGGCCGCUCUUCCAGCCGCAACCGGGUGCCCCGGCGGAGCCACAGACCAGCUUUGCCACAGAGCAGGGCCGGGGGGGACCGGGGCAGCCCCCCCAGCAGCCCCUGGCUGAGCUGGUGCAGGCGGCCCUGGCUGCCCGCGGCCCCCAGCCCGGCCCCGUCCGGCUCCCCACGCCGCCGGCCCCUGAGCAGAGCCCCCAAGAGCCAAAGAAGACGUUCCCGGGGGUCCCGGCCUCGGCUCCCAGCCCCGCGGAGCCAGGGUUGACCCCCCCAGCGAGCGGCCCCCUCCCCGCCCCGCCACACGGCUCCUGGGACCCCGAGGCGCCCAGCACGGACCCAGCUGACCCCGGCGAGACCCACAUCAACGGGGCCGCGCUGGAGGGGGCUCCUGCGGCUGGGGAAACUGCCCAGGUGUUGGUGAAGCAGGAGCCGAAGGAGGAGGCAGCGGUGGCACCGUGUGAGCUGGACAAGGACGAGGCGGCAAAGCCGGAGGCCAACGGGGAUACCGGGAGCAGCCUGAGCAGCAGCGCGCUGGCAGCGGGCGGGCGCUCCGAGGCCGGGCACCUGCUGCUGCAGAAGCUGCUGCGCGCCAAGAACGUGCAGCUCUCGGCGCAGAGCCCGGGCGAGCUCAACGGGCACACGGAGAGCCGGGGCGCCGGGACGGAGCCACGACCGCAGCCGGUGCUGCUGGGCCGGGAGGACCCGACCAUCGCCAGGAAGCCGGCGGCCACCAAGCCCAAGCGGGUGCAGAAGGGCAACGAGCGGGUCCCGGCCUCCCGCAAGAAGCUGCGCAAGGACGAGGGGCUGCGGCCCGGCGAGGCGCUCAUGCGGCAGCUGAAACAGGAGCUGUCGCUGCUGCCGCUGACGGAGCCGAACAUCACGGCCAACUUCAGCCUCUUCGCGCCCUUCGGCAGCAGCCCCAUCAACGGGAAGAGCCAGCUGCGCGGCGGCUUCGGCAGCGCCGUGCUCGACAGCGUGCCCGACUACUACUCGCAGCUGCUCACCAAGAACAACCUCAGCAACCCCCCCACGCCGCCCUCCUCGCUGCCCCCCACGCCCCCGCCCUCCGUGCAGCAGAAGAUGGUGAACGGCGUCACGGUCCCCGAGGAGCUGGGGGAGCAGCCCAAGGACACUGACCCAGCUCGUGAGCCCCACGGCCAGAAAGACACACCGGCCAUGGAGGUGAAGAGCCUGGACCUGCUGGCAGCUCUGCCCACCCCUCCGCACAAUCAGACCGAGGAUGUCAGGAUGGAGAGCGACGAUGAGAGCGACUCCCCCGACAGCAUCGUCCCGGCCUCGUCCCCCGAGAGCGUCCUGGGCGAGGAGCUGCUGCGCUUUCCGCUGCUCAGCGAGGCCAAGGCGGAGCGGGAGGAGCGGGUCCUGUCCCCCAUCAUCCCCAUCAUCCCCCGCGCCAGCAUCCCAGUGUUCCCCGACACGAAGCCCUACGAGACUGCCGAGACGUUUGGGGUCCCCCCCGGGAAGGCGGGGGCGGCGGGACCGGGCGCCCCGUGGGAGAAGGGCAGGGGCAGCGAGGUCUCCGUCAUGCUGACGGUGUCGGCAGCAGCUGCCAAGAACCUCAAUGGCGUGAUGGUGGCCAUGGCCGAGCUGCUGAGCGUGAAGAUCCCCAGCUCCUACGAGGUGCUGUUCCCCGACGGCCCCGUGCGCGCGGCCGUGGUCGAGACCAAGAAGGUGGAGACAGACAUGGCUGGGGUGCUGGGGGCCAAGGAGAAGGCAGCGCUGGCCGGGAAGGUGCCGGACGGCAGCUCGGAGUGGCUGAAGCAGUUCGACGCGGUGCUGCCGGGGUACAGCCUCAAGGGCGAGCUGGACCUCCUGACGCUGCUCCGCCAGGAGAGCCCCGCGCCCGAGAAGACCCUUCACCACUGCUACGUCAACAACGUCUCCAACCUGGACGUGCGGCAGCUCUCCGUCAUGCCCCAGGAGCCCUCACCCCCGCUGUCCCCCUCUGUCCCCUCCCCGGCCAGCCCCACUGAGACUGCCAGGGUCCCCGACCCCGAGGUGGCCCAGGAGGCAGCCCCGGCCCCGCUGUCCCCCCCACCACCAGCCCCCUCUCCAGCCCCCCAGGAGGAAGGGGCCGCAGCCCCCCACUCCCCACUGCGUUUCAAGCCGCGCUCGCGGCCGCCGGAGGACGGGGACGAAGCGCGGCCCCGCCUGAAGAAGUGGAAGGGGGUGCGGUGGAAACGGCUGCGCUUCCUCGUCACCAUCCAGAAAGGGGGGGCCAAGCGGGACGGCGACAAAGAGAUCGCGGAGUUCAUCGACAAGCUGGGCACCACCCUGCGCCCCGAAAAGGUGCCGCGGGACCUGCGCAAGUGCUGCUUCUGCCACGAGGAAGGCGACGGGGCCACGGACGGUCCAGCCCGCCUGCUCAACCUCGACCUCGAUCUCUGGGUCCACCUGAACUGCGCGCUGUGGUCCACGGAGGUCUACGAGACGCAGGGGGGGGCUCUGAUCAACGUGGAGGUGGCUCUGCACCGCGGGCUGCUCACCAAGUGCUCCCUGUGCCAGAGGACGGGCGCCACCAACAGCUGCAACCGCAUCCGCUGCCCCAGCGUCUACCACUUCGCCUGCGCCAUCCGCGCCAAGUGCAUGUUCUUCAAGGACAAGACCAUGUUGUGUCCCUUGCACAAGCUGAAGGGUCCCUGCGAGCAGGAGCUGAGCAGCUUCACCGUCUUCCGCCGCGUCUACAUCGAACGGGACGAGGUGAAGCAAAUCGCCAGCAUCAUCCAGCGCGGGGAGCGGCUCCACAUGUUCCGUGUGGGCGGGCUGGUCUUCCACGCCAUCGGGCAGCUCCUGCCACACCAGAUGGCCGAUUUCCACAGCGUCACGGCGCUCUACCCCGUGGGCUACGAGGCCACGCGCAUCUACUGGAGCCUGCGGACCAACAACCGGCGCUGCUGCUACCGCUGCACCAUCUGCGAGAACAACGGCCGCCCCGAGUUCGUGGUGCAGGUCAUCGAGCAGGGGCUGGAGGAUUUGGUCUUCUCUGACUCUUCGCCACAGGCCGUCUGGAACCGGAUCAUCGAGCCGGUGGCGAUGAUGAGGAAGGAAGCCGACAUGCUGCGCCUCUUCCCCGAGUACCUGAAGGGCGAGGAGCUCUUUGGUCUCACGGUGCACGCGGUGCUGCGCAUCGCCGAGUCGCUGCCCGGCGUCGAGAGCUGCCAGAACUACCUGUUCCGCUACGGCCGCCAUCCUCUGAUGGAGCUGCCGCUGAUGAUCAACCCCACCGGCUGCGCCCGCUCCGAGCCCAAAAUCCUCACCCAUUACAAGCGGCCGCAUACCCUGAACAGCACAAGCAUGUCCAAGGCGUAUCAGAGCACGUUCACGGGUGAAACCAACACCCCGUACAGCAAACAGUUCGUGCACUCCAAGUCCUCCCAGUACCGACGCCUGAAGACCGAGUGGAAGAACAACGUGUACCUGGCACGCUCCCGCAUCCAGGGGCUGGGGCUCUACGCGGCCAAGGACAUCGAGAAGCACACGAUGGUCAUCGAGUACAUCGGCACCAUCAUCCGCAACGAGGUGGCCAACCGGCGCGAGAAGAUCUACGAGGAGCAGAACCGCGGCAUCUACAUGUUCCGCAUCAACAACGAGCACGUCAUUGACGCCACGCUGACAGGGGGCCCGGCCAGGUACAUCAACCACUCGUGCGCCCCGAACUGCGUGGCCGAAGUCGUGACCUUCGACAAGGAGGACAAAAUCAUCAUCAUCUCCAGCCGGCGCAUCCCCAAGGGGGAGGAGCUCACCUACGACUACCAGUUCGACUUCGAGGACGACCAGCACAAGAUCCCCUGCCACUGCGGAGCCUGGAACUGCCGGAAAUGGAUGAACUAAGCGGGGAUAACGGGGGGGCCAGGGGCUGCGCCCCCCCUCGGAGCCCGCACCAUGACCCCCCCGGGGCCGCGGGAGGUGCCGGGGCAGGCGCCGCUGGCGACCGGGGCACGGAGGCUCCGGCGGGGCCGAGCGGGACGGACGGACGGACGAACUGGCAACUCAGGGUUUUCUUUGCUUCGUCCUGCGAGGAAGAGGAGCGGGGGGGGCAGCGCGCCCCCCCCCACCGCCCCCUCCAUCCACGGGGGGGGGUCAGAGCGAUCCCAGCAGAGCCGGAGCCCGCCGGGAACCGGCCUGGAUUCAUUAAUUAUUCUUCUUAAUUUUA